CGAGGCGCGGGGCGCCGCGACCCCCGCCCCGCCGCCGCCAUCGCCAUGAAUUCGGCGGAGCAGACCGUUACGUGGCUGAUCGCCUUGGGCGUGCUGGAGUCGCCCAAAAAGACCAUCUCCGACCCCGAGGGCUUCCUCCAGUCCUCCCUGAAGGACGGCGUGGUGCUCUGCCGCCUGCUCGAGCGCCUGCUCCCGGGCACCAUAGACAAAGUGUACCCGGAGCCGCGGACCGAGGGCGAGUGCCUGAGCAACAUCCGCGAGUUCCUGCGGGGCUGCGGUGCCUCCCUGCGCCUGGAGACUUUUGAUGCAAAUGACCUGUAUCAGGGACAGAAUUUCAGCAAAGUUCUCAGCUCUCUUGUGGCUUUAAAUAAGGUGACUGCAGACAUAGGACUGGGCAGUGACUCUGUGUGUGCACGUCCCUCAUCUCAUCGGAUAAAAUCUUUUGAUUCUCUGGGAUCCCAGUCUUUACACAGUAGAACUUCAAAACUCUUUCAGGGACAGUAUCGGAGUUUGGACAUGACAGAUAACGGCAACCAUCAGUUGGUGGUGAGAGCAAAAUUUAAUUUUCAACAGACAAAUGAAGAUGAACUUUCUUUUUCAAAAGGAGAUAUUAUUCAUGUUACAAGAGUGGAAGAAGGAGGCUGGUGGGAAGGAACUUUAAAUGGAAAAACAGGGUGGUUUCCGAGUAACUAUGUACGAGAAAUAAAAUCAAACGCAUUUAGCAGAGAAUGGAGACAUUUUAAUCUUCAGUUCAGGAUUCAGUUUUGCAACAAAAGAAUGAACUCGAAAAUGGUCUCUCUCUCUCUCCAAAUGAAUAGAAGCAUUCAAGGAAUAAGCAGAAUCAAUGACACCAAUGAAAGGAGCAGUGAAUUCUUCAUUGACAUACUGAUCUAUUUAAAGUUAUUUCAUCAGGUGCUACAAAAUAUAUUAGAAACAGAAAAUGAAUAUGCUAAGGAGCUACAAACAAUGCUUUCAAACUACCUGCGACCAUUACAAGCCAGUGAAAAGUUAACCUUGGCAAAUACUUCAUACUUAAUGGGAAACCUGGAAGAAAUAAGUUCUUUCCAGCAAAUGCUUGUACAGUCUUUAGAAGAAUGCACCAAGUUGCCUGAAGCUCAGCAGAGGGUUGGAGGAUGUUUUCUAAAUUUGAUGCCUCAAAUGAAAAGCUUAUACCUUACAUACUGUGCCAACCAUCCAUCAGCAGUAAAUGUUCUCACAGAACACAGUGAGGAGCUAGGAGAAUUCAUGGAGAUGAAAGGUGCCAACAGCCCUGGGAUCCUUGUACUGACCACGGGCCUCAGCAAACCUUUUAUGCGUCUGGAUAAAUACCCCACGUUACUCAAAGAACUUGAAAGGCACAUGGAGGAUUAUCAUCCGGAUCGUCCAGAUAUUCAAAAAUCCAUGACUGCCUUCAAAAAUCUUUCUGCACAAUGUCAAGAAGUACGGAAACGGAAAGAACUUGAACUACAAAUACUGACAGAAGCUAUCCGUUGUUGGGAGGGAGAGGAUAUUAAAACACUUGGCAAUGUGAUUUACAUGUCCCAGGUCAUGAUUCAGUGUGCUGGAAGUGAGGAAAAGAAUGAAAGGUAUCUUCUUCUCUUCCCUAACAUUUUGCUAAUGUUGUCUGCCAGCCCAAGAAUGAGUGGGUUUAUCUAUCAGGGAAAACUGCCCAUGACUGGAAUGACUAUUACAAAGCUAGAAGACAGUGAAAACCAUAAAAAUGCAUUUGAAAUAUCAGGAAAUAUGAUUGAAAGGAUACUAGUUUCUUGUAACAACCAACAAGAUUUGCAUGAAUGGGUGGAUCACCUGCAGAGGCAAACCAAAGUCACAACUGUUGGGAAUCCCACCAUUAAACCUCACUCUGUGCCAUCUCACACGCUUCCUUCUCAUCCAGUAACACCCUCCAGUAAGCAUUCAGACAGCAAGCCAAUACCACUGACUCCUGCGUACCACACUCUCCCUCAUCCGUCACAUCACGGGACUCCACAUACCACGAUAAACUGGGGACCGCUGGAACCUCCGAAAACCCCCAAGCCUUGGAGUCUGAGCUGCUUACGGCCCGCACCGCCGCUGCGGCCUUCAGCAGCUCUUUGUUACAAAGAGGAUCUCAGUAAAAGCCCUAAAACCAUGAAAAAGCUGCUUCCCAAACGCAAGCCAGAACGGAAGCCAUCAGAUGAAGAGUUUGCUCUGAGAAAAAGUACAGCUGCUUUAGAAGAAGAUGCUCAGAUUCUUAAAGUCAUUGAAGCAUAUUGCACAAGUGCCAAAACACGUCAAACACUAAAUUCAAGUUCCCGUAAAGAAUCAGCUCCUCAAGUCCUGCUUCCAGAAGAAGAAAAAAUUAUUGUAGAAGAAACUAAAAGUAAUGGUCAGACUGUUAUAGAAGAGAAAAGCCUUGUUGACACAGUAUAUGCAUUAAAGGAUGAAGUACAGGAGUUAAGACAGGAUAACAAAAAGAUGAAGAAAUCAUUAGAAGAGGAACAAAGAGCUCGCAAGGACUUGGAGAAGCUUGUUAGAAAAGUCCUAAAGAACAUGAAUGAUCCAUCUUGGGAUGAAACCAACUUAUAACUAAUUUUUUUCUUUUUUGUCCCCCCCUUUUUCUUUCUAUUGAAAGACCAGUUGUAAAACUGAGCUGGGAAGCCUUCUGACAUUAGUCAGUGUUGCAUCAAGAACACUACAAAGCAGGAUUUAACUGGAUCUAGUGAUUUCUUCCUCUGAGCAUACAGAAACAGUCAAGCCAUUUUCUGAAGCAAUCUGUGCUUUAAGUGUGGAGACCAUGGAUCCUGAACUCUACUAAACUUAAUUUGUUUGCAUCUAAAUUACCUCAUUUGCAGAAAGUGCAGCACCUGACUAAAAGUCCAUGUUUUUCAGUGGCUUUUUAAUUAAAUAUAUAUUUUUCAUGUAAAUAGCUGUAAUUUUGAAUGCAUAUGUGAUUGAUGUAUCAGGGCUGAUAUGUUGGGGGUUUUUUCUCUUGUUACUACAAUGGUCACAAGUGUUAGAAAUGAUGGCAGUACUGUCUUACCUAAGAAUGGUAUGAAUUAUGAAUUAGUUCCAAAUUACCCACUCAUCACACAUGCAAAUUUAAACCCCUGUUUUUCCUAUUGACCACUAUAUUUAAAUCCUUGACUGUUACUUGUCUCUCCAUACAUUUUCAAACAGUUUACAAUUCCUUAAGAACAGUAUUAAAAUACAGAAAAUUGUUUAUUGACAGUAGAAACAAUUUUUAACAAAACUAAUGUCCACAACUUACAUUCACAUACACUUGUUUGGCAGACUAAUCUGUUGUGCUUUGGCCACCAGAAGACUGAUGUACUUGCCUGCUUUUUAUGACUGUGAUUUUUAGGUGUUUGUGUACUACAUUUUCUAUUGUUGUGCUUAAACAUACAACUGGCUGAUAAUUUAAUGGAUCAUACUGUUUGUUAAACAAAAAAAAAAAAUCAAUCUAAUCCAGAAUUUUGUGAAUAAAUCAUUGCUAUUUAUAUUUUAUGGUCACAGCAGUUAAAUUUUAGCUAACCUUUGUGCAUAAGACACACAGGCUAGACCAAAUUUCAUUCAGAGCUUUGUUUUUAUACCACUAUAAGACUCUCUGGAGUUCCCAUACUGUGGAAGCACUCAUUUCUUUCCUACCCUAUUUUCUCAGCAUGUUGCUGGUUUCUGCCCUACUAGGAUUCAAAUGGAAAGAAAUAUGAAAAUAAGAUUUUUUUUCUUAUAAAUCAUACUGUAAUUUUUACUUUGCACUGCUGACAGAUUUGAAAAUACGUAAAGGAACAUUAAUUCCCAAGUCUGAUAGGUGCAAUUACUGCAGUUUCUUGUAUUUGAAAUAGGAGAUGCUACAUCACUGCAAAUGGUGAGCUUAAAAUGGAGUACUUAAAAUACUAAUCCCAUUAAAGCUCAUUUUUUUUCAUAGAUUUCAUCAAACUUUGGGUUCAACUCCAGAUGGUGCAGUUUUCUGAGGGGUUUUUAUUCAGCUGACGGUCAGAAGUACAGGUAUAGCACAGACCUGAAUCGCACCUUUUACAAUCCUGAUUUUCUAGUGCCCUUUAACUCCUGUUAAAUGUAAUGCUCAGACUUGAGCAAAUGUUUAUAUGAACUUUAGUAAGUUGGAGCAAGGGUGAUUAGGGUUGUAAGAACUGUCAUGCACAUUUUAAAUCUUUUGGAAAAUCUAUUUUUAAAGCUAUCCACUUUUUUCAGCCAAGAACAGCUUUUUUUAAAUAGGAAAUUAUGUCAGUUAUUGCAUACUUGUGAAACAAUUCUGUGGGAAUGGAUACUUGAUAAUCUGAAUAGACAAGUUGUCUGUUUUAAAAAGCUGAAUAUAUUUGUAGGUAUUUUGUGUUCCUGCAAUUUAAAAAUGUUUUCCUUUAAUCCUAAAGGAGGAGAAAAUGAAAAAUGUCUACAUUAUCAGAGUUACAUAUAUUCACAGAACUUUAAAACUUAUUUUAAUUCUCUAUACCAAAAUCUUUUCUUGAUGUUUACAGUUGCACAAAAGUGUGGACUGGCAUUUAUAUUUAUCUUCACAUUUAGGAAAUACUCUUGCUGAAAGCUAAGUGAUACUAAACCAUGCAAAUUCAUAGUAUCUUGGCCAUAUUUAGAUUUGGGAAUGCUGAUAUAAUUAGAAUUUUGCUAACAUUUUUAUUUUCUGACAUUCAGGCAAAUUUACAGAGCGAACUUUAAUUUUCAGCUGAGCAUAUGCGAAAGGACAUUCCAGAGGAAGAUGUAUAAAAGGAAAACACUAACCUUACCAGUAUUUAGCAAAUUUACUCAGGAAAAACUUCCAUCAUGACAAUUUGUUUUACCUUGUAUUGUGAAGAGUGGUGUUGCUAUGUAAAUCUGCUGACUCUUAGUGCCUGUGAUUAUUAUCAUUUCUGACAGUACCCCUAUACUGACAUCUAAUGAACAUGCCUUAAACACUGGGAUUAAACAGUUGUAAAAUACGACCAGGACUUAGGGACUGACUUUAUUCAAGAUGGAUUGGGAUGACUAAUUUUCAUAAAAAAACACCAAAAAAAAAAAAAGGGGGGGAGGGGAGGUGGGAAGAAAACCAACCUAAUAUUGCAGAUAGCUUUUGCCUCUAGUGCAGAGAGCACCUUCAGGCUUUUGGGAACCAAGGAGUAUCUGAUGCUUUUUCCAUUGACAAUUUGUUACACUGUAUAUAAAUUGUAAAUGUCACCAUGGACCUUCUGAAUUGUUGGAAACUUUAUAUAAGCAUGGAUAAAUGGGGCACUGUUUAUUUAACCUAUUAAAGGGUUAUUUGUUUGCUCUCAUCAUUUAGGGAUGAGGAGAUGAAGCCAUUUCUUGUCCUAUAGAUGUGAAGCACUUUCAGUUCUGAACUGUCCAAAAUGUAGCAUAACAUUUCGCUGUACUAUACUGAUGUAUGUGUGUUUGUCUCACCGUGUCAUGACGUCUUAAAGAUUGAACAACUGACUGCUUUUGUAUAAACCUUCUUAAUGUCAAUCAUUUAGGGAAUUUAGAGUGUCUGUUUAUGAUGUCUGUGGAGAACUCAAAUUUAGUUUAGAUGUCACAAUAAUAUCCUGGUAUCGACUACUAAGGCGUUUAUGCUACGUUGCUGUAAUUAAACCAUGAUUUUUCCCCCUA